AUGACUGUGAAGAAUUUUCAUACUUGUCCAGUAAACGGUGUUACAAGAAAUCUAAUUGUGGAACAGACAUCAAAUACUCUUCUACAUGUCACACCUUCUGAAGUAGCGAGUCUUAAAGAUGGAAUCAACUUUCUGAAGAAUAAAGAAAAGGGGAACAACUUUAUUAUAUUUAAAAAUGGGGAAGCGUUGCGAGCAUGUAAGAAUUUAUGCAAACACCAAGGUGGAACCUUCAUUAGAGAUAUUGAGGAUCUGGACAACAGGACUGUACGUUGUACCAAGCACAACUGGAAGCUGGAUGUGAGCACCAUGAAAUAUGUCAAUCCACCAGAUAGCUUCUGUCAAGAUGAACUAGUCAUUGAAAGAGAUGAAGAAAAUGGUAUUUCACUUGUGGAACUUAAUCCCCCAAAUCCCUGGGAGACUGAUACCCGAAUUCCUAUGGAUUUGGAAGCAGGAGAGCUACAGAUUACCUAUCUAACUCAUGCCUGCAUGGAAGUGAAGCUUGGUGAGAAGUACAUGGUCUUUGAUCCGUGGCUGAUUGGUCCAGCUUUUGCUCGAGGAUGGUGGUUACUGCAUGAGCCUCCACCAGAUUGGCUGGAAAGACUGUGUCAUGCUGACUUAAUUUAUAUAAGCCACAUGCACUCUGAUCAUCUUAGUUAUCCUACACUGAGGAAGCUAUCUGUGAGAAGACCAGAUGUUCCAAUAUUUGUUGGCAAUACUGAGAGACCUGUGUUUUGGUACUUGGACCAAAGUGGAGUAACCCUAACAAAUGUCAAUGUUGUGCCUUUUGGGGUUUGGCAACAGGUAGAUGAGCAUCUUAGAUUUAUGAUUUUGAUGGAUGGAGUUCAUCCUGAAAUGGACACUUGCAUCAUUGUAGAGUACAAAGGCCAUAAAAUACUUAACACAGUAGACUGUACUCGGCCGAAUGGUGGGAAACUUCCAAAAGACGUUGCUAUAAUGAUGAGUGACUUUGCUGGAGGUGCCUCAGGAUUCCCAAUGACUUUCAGUGGUGGAAAAUUUACAGAGGAAUGGAAAUCACAGUUCAUAAAAACAGAGAGAAAGAAGCUGCUGAACUACAAGGCUCAGCUCGUGAAGGACUUGAACCCUCGUAUCUACUGCCCAUUUGCAGGAUACUUUGUGGAGGCUCAUCCAUCAGAUAAAUAUAUUAAGGAAACCAAUUUGAAGAAUGAUGCUGCAACUCUUAAUAAACUAAUUAAUAAAACAUCAGAUGUCAUUACUUGGACACCAAAACCAGGAGCUGUGCUGGACGUGGGAAGGUUAUUGAAAGACCCAACUGAUAGAGAUGGAAUUGUUGAUCCACCUCCAGGAACAAAAACCUUCAAGGAUUCAUGGAAAUUUAAUACUUACCUGGAUGAAAUGUAUACUUCAUUCAAUGAUGAGAUCUUUAGGUAUCCAUCAUGGGUUAAAGAAUAUUUCACCUGGGCAGGAUUUAAAGACUAUAAUCUGGUAGUCAGGGUGAUUGAAACUGAUGAUGAUUUUGUUGAUUUACCACAAGGAUAUAGCUGCUUGGUAGAUUUCUUUGACCUGUCUUUUCCUACUGAAAGACCAAGCCGUGACCAUCCCUAUGAAGAAAUAAGAUGUCGAGCUACUGUGAUGAGACACGUAGUAAAAAAAGGACUUCUAUGGGAUGAUUUGUAUAUUGGAUUCCAAACACGAAAUCAACGGAAUCCAGACAUCUACCAUCAUCAAUUCUGGAACCAUUUUCAGAUCAAAUUGCCUCUAUCACCGCCCAAUUGGGAUGCAUUCUUGGAACGAGACAGACAGAAUAGACCUAAGGAACAAAACUGCAGUUUAAUGUAA